AUAAUGAACCCGAACAAGAAUUUUAUGAUGGUGUUACUCAUGUUCAUCAAAAUUGGAGUGGGGUUGGUGAUGAUGUUCAACAAAGUCAGUCCGGACUUGGUAGUCAUGCUCAGCAAAGUCAAACUGGUUAUGGUGGUGUUGUACAACAGGAGCAAAAUUUUAUGUCUGCUAGGGCAAAGCAUCAAGUUAUGUGAGGUGGUGCUACAUUUAGGAGAUCUAGCAGUAAUUUCAGUUGCAAUAAGAUGGAUGAGAUUGAUACAAAGAAGAGGACAGUGGAUACUAGAUCUGGUCAUAGAGGCAUUGCUAAAGGGAAGGAUACUUAGCAGAGCAUGGGCUGUGAUGAUAUUGAAGAUGAUAGUGAGGGUGAUUGGUAGUGUGGAUUUGAUAAUGAAGACGACAUUGUGGAUAGUGAUGAGGAUGAUGAUCUUGAAGAUGAAAAUAAUAAUGUUUUUGAAAAUGAAGAAGAUAGUGAUAUGGAUAGGCCUGUGGAUGAUCCUGAAUAUGAUUCAAAAGAAUUUUAUGAACCAUUUGUGCAGCAUGACAAUAGAUAUGAUCCAAAUGGGGAAAUAGAGUUAGAUGUUGGGAUGAUAUUUGACGAUGUGAACCACUUCCAGUCAGUACUUAAGGAUUAUGUGAUUCAAGGUGGGUUUCAAAUCCUACGAAUUAAGAAUGAAAAAAAAGAGUAAGAGCUAUUUGUGCAGCAACUGGUUAUACAUGAAAAAUAUUUGUUUCACCUUUAUCUGAUGGAAGCAAAACUUUAUGAUCAAGUCAAUGUGUAAAGAACAUUGUUGUGGACGGAAAGAUGUGAACAAGGACAUUACAUCCACUUGGAUAGCCUCACACAUGUCUUCACAGUUGAAAACAAAUCUUGACAUGAAGUUAAGUGCAAUGGAAGCUUAUAUUAUGGAAAAAUUUCGUAAUAAAGUGCCUUACAUUACAUUGUACAGGGCUAAAAGGAAAGCAAGGGAACAAACUGAAGGGAGUCAUGGCAAGUCAUAUGCCAAGCUACCUAGUUAUGGUGAUAAGGUAAGAGAAAGAGAUCCCGAGACUAUUUUUAAAAUUCAAUUUCAUCCUAGGCAAGUUUUGUCUGACCCUCCAGUUUUCAAAAGAAUGUUUGUUUAUUUCAAGGCAUGCAUGAAUGGGUUCUUGAAUGGUUGUAGACCAUUCAUAGGGAUUGAUGGUUGUCAUCUCAAAGACACACAUGGAGGUGUGUUGUUGGCUGCAGUCUUUGUUGAUGGAAACAAAAGAUUGUUUCCUGUUGCAUAUGGUGUGGUAGAGGUUGAAUGCAUAAAUAGUUGGGAAUGGUUCUUGAGCAACAUAUAUGGAAUUUUCUAUAGGACCUUGGAAGACAACCCAAUCACAUUUAUGUCUGACAAACCAAAGGGACUUUGUGAGGCCAUCAGUGAUACAUUUCCGGGUUGUCAUCAUAGAUGGUGCUGUGGGUACUUGUAUCAGAACUUCAAAUCACUUCACCCAGUUGUGUUACUAAGAAGGUAUUUCUGGAUGGUAACAAAAGCAUCAAAUCUAUUUUUUUUUAAGAAGGCAAUGAAUGAAAUGAAGGGCAUUGACCAGAAAGCUUAUGAGUGGCUAAGUAAGCAUCUUCCAAAGAUGUGGUCUAGGCGUGCAUUCGACGUUAGGUGCAAGAGUGAUCAUAUCACUAAUAAUAUGACUAAAUCAUUUAACCAGUUGAUUGCACCCUUUAGGGUUAAUCCCAUUCUGACUCUUUUUUAUGAAAUUAGAAAGACCCUAAUGGAAAAUAUGCAUAAAAAAUAUCAACAUGGUUGCAAUUACAAGGGAAGAGUCACCCCAUGCAUAAAGAAGAAGUUGAAUGCCAUAGCCACUAAAGCUAGGGAGUGUAUGGUACUUCGUGCAGGUGUUGAUAAGUUUGAAGUCACUGAAAACCAAGGUAGGUAUGUGGUUGAUUUGAAGAAUCAAUCUUGUGGUUGCAUGGUCUGGAAUGUUUCAGGAAUACCGUGUAAGCAUGCUACAGCUUGUAUCAAAUUCAAGAGAGAGAGUUUGGAGAAAUAUUGUGAUGAGUAUUACAGUGUUGGAAAAUAUUUUGCAACAUACAAGGACAUAGUACAUGCUUUACCUGGACUGGAUCAAUUGACAGAAGAUCAUCCAAUGGGUGUUGUCCAGCCUCCUCCUUUGAAGACGCUAGUGGGAAGACCAUAUAAAAGCCGGAAGAAGGAACAAGAUGAAGGACCAUCAGGAGAGUACAGGAGGAGAUCAAACACUGUCAGAUGUGAUAGAGGUAAAAUGGAGGGUCACAACAAAAGGAGGUGCAUAGGACCUCCAAUGAAGGUGAAGGGAAGGGGGAUAGUGCCUCUAGCUCGACAGUGAAACCGAAGGAAAGGGAAAGGGAAAGGAAAAGGAAAUUAGUGGAAAUCAAUCUUCACAGGUGGUGAUUAGGUCACAGGCCUCCACAACAACAACUGUAGAUAACCGCCAGUCAAGGGUUAGAGCACAAUUGAAAGCAAAGGAGGAGAAAAGGAAGGCAAGAGAGAAGCUGCGGAAGACUAGUGGGAGUUAGACAUUUGGAAGUUAGACUUAUGUGAUACUUAUGGGAUUGAGAAUAUACUAUGGAAUUUAAACUUUCUUGUAUUUUGGUAGACAUAUAUUUUGGGACUUAA